GGGCGGCCCGAAUAACGCGAGGCACCGCAGCGCCCGGCAUCCCGCGUCCUCCCCGCACCGGGAACAGCCGCGCAGCAUCGCCACCCGGCGCGCUGCUUCUCGCAAGACAAUAUUAUUGUUGAAGAUUAGUCAGAUGCCUUCUGUCCAUUCCCUGCCUCACAUGCUAUGUCAUGCAAGCUUUGGAACACUUAGAACGUAAUUUAAAUGAAUGACUAAUUUGGCAAGCAUAAUGGAAGGCACACAUACCAUCCUUCAAUUGCACAAACCCAUUAUGGAGCUUUGUUACAUCAGCUUCUAUCAUCCAGAGGGGAAAGUCACAGGAUUUACUUACAAGAGCUCUGGAACUCUGGAUGGAACCAGUAAGAAUUUCUGUGGCUGCUAUCAAGUAAGGGAGGGGUUGGACAUGGACCUGAGAGAACGUGCAUAUGAAGACUGUGGAGUUAUUAUUUUCAGGCAAACUACCACAAAAGACCUUCUCAAUGAAAUGUACAAACUGACUGCUGAAAAGGAAAAACUGUUAUCCAAUGUUUUGAGAUCUCAUUUUCUGGACCUUAAGGCAGGACAUCAGGAGGAAAAGCGACAGGAUGUUUCUGGAGUCCCGAAACUUAAAGGUGAUAAUUACUCCAGUCUUACACAUCAGCAGGAAUUAUUGCUGGAUUCUACAAGGAGGGACAAUUUGAAUCACAAAAAAAUGAGGAAAUACAGAAGGAAAGAGAGCUUUGAGGAGAUCAGACAUCGGAAAGAGGGAAAAAAGAUACAAGAGCACCUCUUUUUACUGAGUACACAAGACAUGCAAGAGAAAAAUAAGAAGAUGGUCUCCACAAAACUUUCUGUCAGGAGUUAUUCCAGCUCCUUUUCUCCCUCCAGCUGGCUAACAGUAAAAGGUAAGGAUAAUUUACCAGUAGACAAUAGAAUACAACCAGAAAGGUGGACAGAAGAGGGGUAUUUUCUUAAGAGCAACAAAGCUGUGGAUGUUGACUUACCAAGUUCUAGCUUAAAAGAUAUCAAUGGUGCUGUUGCAGUUGAACCUGUGGAUAAUGGAGAAUGCAUUUCUGAAGUUACGAAGGUACAAUGGAGCACCACUUUGGUGAAUUCAUCUCAGUACAGUCUCUCUAACAAACUUGAGACAUUAAGUAAAUCUGCAGCUGCUAAAAUCUUGGAAAGUAGCAAGUACACUGAUCCAGUAUGCAAGGAGAAACCAGGAAUCACAGUUCUUGCUGAAGUCCAGGAUUUAAACACUUGUAUUAAAAAAGUUACCAACACUCCUGCAGAGUCUUUAUCUGAUUCUCACAGGCACAAUGAAACCAUUUCUUCUUUUCUCACGACAACACAUAAUGAGUUUAUAUCAAGAACUGAUGUAUGCUCUGUAGAUGAAGCUGCUGGAGAGUCUAAUAACAGUGUGCUGGAGGAGAAGGAGGAAGAUGGCUCUGGUUUGCAGUACAAAGCAGAGAGAGUGCACAUUACUGAUGAGUCAUGCAACCCUGUGGGAGCUGUUAAUAAAGCUCUUCUGAAAGUUAUCCGGAGCGACAGUUUAGAUGAAGCUGCAGAAUGGAAGAGACUGCAACAAAUUACAAGAGCAGACAGAAACCUGCCAGGCUCACUAUAUGAGAAAAGGACCACGGUAUCCCGGGGAAACAGCAAGCAUUUAUUUUUGAGCCUGCCUGUAAAUGAGAGUCCUGAUAUUCCUCCAACAAGUAAUAAUCUUAAACUGGAAGAGAAAAGGCUGCAUUCACCCCCAUUAGCAGCAGUGAGUAAUGUUUUUAGUAAUUCAUAUCCACUAUCUAAUACACACAAACAAAUGUCUCCUAUUCCUUCUCCGUUAUCUCCGAGACUGCCUAGCCCGCAGCUGCAUCACCGGAUCCUCCCGCUGCCAGCACAGAGCGCCGAGGACGAAUCCAUCUUCAGUGACUAUGGCCAUGGAGGACACGGUGCUGUAAACUUCUCUUUCAGUGAUUUGGAGCCACGGUUUUAUCGGAAGUUUUCUGAUCCUGGAGAGUUGGGAUUUGCCACAAGACAACGGGGCCUGCAUCAGAAUGCAACUGCUGGACAUUUUGAAAAGUGCACUGUGCAAGAAAAAUUAACUAUUCAGACACAGCAGAAUUUCUGUCCAGCAGAGUCUGCUUUAAAGGAUGACUUCACUGAACGGCUGACUAGUUUGGAUGUGGCAAACAGGGAUGAAGAUACGUGGGUUCUGGAUUGCAGACUGGGACACUCAAACUCAUUUCCUCAUUCAAGUGAGAAAGAGAAGAUCAACAGAAGUGUAUUGCAUCUGAGCCUGGAACUGAAUCCUGACCUGAGUCCUUCAGAGCAAGAUGACAAGACUCCAGGGAGACUCCAGACUGUCUGGCCACCACCAAAAGCAAAUCAUGAAGAAGUAAAAGUAGGAUUAAAGUACACAGAAGCAGCUCACCUAAAGCUUUACAAGGAGGGACCACCAGAGUACCAAGCUGCCAUUCUGCAUUUAAAGAGGGAACACAAAGAAGAAAUUGAAACAUUAAAGUCUCAGUUUGAACUCAGGGUAUUCCAUAUUCGUGGAGAACAUGCUGUCUCAACUGCUCAGCUUGAGGAAACCAUUGCACAUCUGAAGAAUGAACUUGAUAAUAAAUUAAACAGAAGAAAUGAAAAAGCAAAGGAUAUUGGUGUUUCUACUGAAGAUGAUAACCCACCAAAGGCAUACCGAAAUGUAUGUAUACAGACUGACAGAGAAACUUUCAUAAAGCCUAGUGAAGAGGAAAACAGAGCUGUGAAAAAUAACCAAAUAGUACCCAAAAAGCUUAAUAUUUCUUCUUUGACACAUAGUAUAUCUGCCCAAAGUGAAAGUAAGGACAAUUAUAAUGUACAGUCAUCAGAAAGUGUCUUGUCUUGUCAACCAAAACAAAUGCUGCCUCCUCCUCCACCACCACCACCACCUCCUCCCCUUCCUGAUUCUUCACUGCCUGCUGUAGUUCCUCCAGCACCACCUUUGCCAAUGGGUCUGACUUCACUGACAUCUCAGUUUGCAUCUGGUCCACCACUGCCACCUCCACUUUCUGAAGGCUGUAGGAAUUUUCAAGCACCGCCACCACCGCCACCACCACCACUUCCAGGGCAGGGACCUCCUGUUCCUCCUCCACUGCCUGGAUCUGGGUUACCUCCACCCCCUCCACCUCCUGGGCCUGGGUUCUUUUUUAAUAGCACUUUAUCUUCAAACCAAGGUCCUCGAAAACCUGCCAUUGAACCUGGCCGCCCCAUGAAGCCUUUGUACUGGACACGAAUACAAUUGCAAGAUAACAGGAAAACUGCUAUGCCAACAUUAUGGGAAUCACUGGAAGAGCCUGAUAUACUUGACACUACAGAGUUUGAAUAUUUAUUCUCCAAAGAUACCACUCAGGAAAAAAGGAAACCAUUAUCAGAGACUUACGAAAAAAAAACCAAGGCCAAAAAGAUUAUCAAAUUACUGGAUGGAAAACGGUCUCAAACUGUAGGAAUUUUAAUAUCGAGUUUGCACUUGGAGAUGAAGGACAUUCAACAAGCUAUAUUGUGCGUUGAUGACUCCGUAGUAGAUCUGGAGACACUGGAAGCCCUAUAUGAAAAUAGAGCACAAAAGGAUGAACUGGAGAAAAUCAAGCAAUAUUAUCAGACUUCAAAAGAGGAGGAACUGAAGCUUCUGGAUAAACCAGAACAAUUUCUAUAUGAGUUGUCUCAAAUCCCUAACUUCGCAGAACGAGCUCAGUGUAUUAUCUUCCAGUCAGUUUUCUCUGAGGGAAUAACAUCAGUGCACCGGAAAGUAGAUAUCGUGACUCGUGUUUCCAAGGCUUUGCUGAGCAUGAAAAGUGUAAAGGAAAUUUUGGGUUUGAUUCUGGCUUUUGGAAAUUAUAUGAAUGGAGGCAAUAGGACCCGAGGUCAAGCUGAUGGAUUUGGUUUGGAAAUACUCCCCAAACUAAAGGAUGUCAAAAGCAGAGAUAAUGGUAUUAAUCUCGUGGAUUAUGUCGUCAUAUAUUACCUACGCCAUUGUGAUAAGGAAGCAGGAACAGACAAGAGUAUUUUUCCUUUACCAGAACCACAGGAUUUUUUCCAGGCCUCCCAAGUUAAAUUUGAAGACCUAAUAAAAGACUUAAGGAAACUGAAGAGAGAUCUAGAAGCCUCUGAGAAGCAGAUGAAGUUAGUUUGCAGAGAGUCCUCUGAAGAACAUCUCCAGCCCUUCAAGGAGAAAUUAGAGGAAUUCUUCCAGAAAGCUAAAGAAGAACGGAAAAAAGAAGAGAACAGUUUGGAAAAUGCUCAAAAAUGCUUUGAAGAAACAGUGGGAUACUUUGGGAUAAAGCCAAAGCCUGGCGAGAAGGAGAUCACACCAAACUACGUUUUCACGGUGUGGUACGAAUUCUGCAGUGACUUCAAGACCAUUUGGAAACGAGAGAGCAAAAGCAUUUCCAAGGAACGAAUUAAAGUGGCUCAGCAAUCAGUGAGCAAGUUAACUGCAGAGAAGAAAGUUGAAACUAAGAAGAUCAACCCUACAGCUAGCCUGAAAGAAAGACUACGUCAGAAGGAAGCCAGUGUGUCUGCCAACUGAAAAAAGAUGAAUGAAAAUGAUGGAUGAUUGCCUGAUGCUUUACUACACCAAUGCCCCAGGAAGCACCUUAUGUUAGAUACUGAAUUCUUCUUUUCUGAUCUGUCCCAAGACAAUCCAUUAAAGACUUUUGAGUUCCUUCAGAGGGGUUUGUAUGUUCAGUGGAGGGAAUUCUAAGGUUUUUACAUGGGAAGUCAGGUUUUUUUCCAUAACUCUUCCUAUAUCACUUAAAAUGCAUCUUGUUGUUAAUAGUUAAUUAAAAUACUCUGUUCAUAAUGUAUUAAUAUUGAAGAGGAAAAAUGAUCAUUUUGGAUGGUGAGUUAAGUAAUGACUAACAACCUGUAGGUUAUUUACAGGGCUUUAUGUAUAUGAGAGCAAAUAUGCCAUUCAGUUCACAAAGUCUAUUGCAUUAUACUUUUUGUUACUUCAGCAGUAACUGAAGUAAAAUUGACUGAUCAUAAGUAAUUUUACAGUGUCUAAGUAUUGGACGCAUCUUUCUAAAACUGAUUAAAUGUAAUUAUAGAUUCAUGCUGUAUUUUACUAUAUUUUUAUAGAAGCUUCAGCUUAUGCCAUUCAUUGAAAUGGAAGUAAUAUUUUGCACAUAAAAAGGAAUAUUCAAAUUCUUUAGUUUUAUGAUUGAUGGCAUAACUGAUUUAUUAUUUUUAUGGUUUUAAUCUAACAUUUCCUAAAUUUUGAGCUUCAAAACAAAAAAUGAUAAAAUGUAUAUUUUUAUUUCAGUAUAUACUGCAAAUACCAACUUCAUAAAGUGAUGAGUUUAUAGGUCAUUAUUCAUUAAGAUACAAUAAUAUCUCUCCAUGAAGUUACACAUUUACCAUUAAAUAUUUGACUUUUAAUUCUACUGAAAGCUUUCUUUUUAACAGCAAAUAUCUCACUCUAAAAUACAUUUUGCAGCCUGCUCUUGUUCCCCUAUAUUUGUAUGAAGAAUAUGUCCAGCAUACAUAUGUAUUUAUAUAUUUUUUAAUAUAUAUAGAGAGAGAUACAUAAUGUAGUAAGUAAAACUUCAGAAAGAAAUAACAGGGUCUUGCUGCCCUCCUGUAACAUUAUAACCAUUGCCAUAAAGUGUCAGAGCAUGAAAAUAACCCUACUGAACAUCCACCAUUACUUGAAAAUUUUUACUGCAUUUUAAGGGUUUGAAUUCUUAAGAGGAGAAGUCUUGAAGCAGAAGUUAAGAAUAAUUUAAGGUAAAACAGAAAAUUAUUCUGCUUGCUAUCCGCAAGAGAGAAACUGACUUUAUGAUAAUGGUAUAUGAAGUUGGUUACAAAGAGAAAUUAGGUGAAGCAAAAAGAUGCAAAUGCUAGUAGGGGAAAAGCAUUAGUCCUUUGCUUUGAGACUGGAAAGAAUAUAUAUGAGACAGAUAUCAGUUAUCAUACAGCAAAUUCAGUCAAGAGACUGAGAUGAAACCUAGGUGAAGUCAUCCCUAGAAGUGUACAUUUAUAUUAAGGAAAAUAGCAGUUGUGGAGGCCCAUUCAUAAAUUAACUUAGGAUUUCAGUGCAGGUUUCUUAAAUUACUAUCUCUCUCAUUCCUGCAUAAAUGAAAACAAAGGACUCAAGAGUCUCUUGUAAAUUUGGGAGUUUCUACCUACUACAGAUGUACUCAAGAUGUGUAAGGAUAAUUCUUACAAAAGCAGUCAACAAUAUGCCAGCAAAUGUUAUCUGAUUUGUAGUUUGAGUAGUCCCAUUGCAGAGAAAAAAAAGUCCAAAGAUUUAAGUUUCCUGUCUUCCACUAACUAGGUGAAGUACAUUUCUUUCCAAUACUAUUAGUGAUAAGUAAGAGAAGCAAUAAUGCCUAUAAAAGCCAAAGAACAAUAGCAAGCAAGGCAAUUCUGAUGAGUGUUUAAGCAAACAGUGUUUAUUUUUUAUAUAGUUUUCUGUCAUGAAGAUAGUGUAUAUUGCCAUUUGACCUGAUUAAGAGUUUUUCAAUUAAAUGUAUUACUUGAAGUAUUAUUCAACAAGAGCAGCACUGUUUGUGAAAAUGGAUAGUCUUGAAAAUUCCCAUUAGAAGUAUAUUGUGGAAAAAAGUUUUUAACUUAUUGAAAUAUCCUGUUUCAAAAUUUCUAAAUGUGAAUUUUCAUUUUUCAGUUCAAAUUGACUUCAUUUUGAAAUGUUGAAAAAUGUAUAUAAAAAGGGAUUAAAAUUAAAAUUACUCAUUUAAAGCAUUCCUUGAACAUAUUUAUAAUUCUUUUAUCAGAUUAGUAAUUUCCCAAGACUUUGAGAAUUAGGGCUAUUUUUUAGAAGAUUCAAAAACUUUUAUAGCACAGACCUUGUUUCUUCCUAAUUUUCAGUUGCAUUGAUACUCCUCUCAAGUCAGAGUUUCUGAUUCCAGCUUCACCCACAACUUAAAUCCUCUGUUACUAAUUAAACUAUUUUUAAGUGAAAAGAAGAAUUCACCUAGAUUAUUUGAUUCAUUCUCUUAAUCAAGACUUCAAGACUCCUGGAUGGAAUUCAUCAGCUAAAUAUCAGACUUUCCCGUCCCAGUGAUACCUACAAGUGUCUUCAGACAGUGAUUGAAGACACAAUGGUACACCUGCUGGCUUUAACUAAAAUUGUGUAUUGGAGAGGAGAUAUUUACAGAUAUGUCUACAUAAACUCUUUACUUAUUAAAUAUUUAGACAUUUCAGGCAUAACAAAUAUGCAUCAACCAGCAUUCACCUUUGGGGUCACCAAAUGUCACCAAACAUCAUGUUUUAAGCUUUAAGCUUUAGUUUGAUGCCUCACUUUUACCAUGAGCUUCCUAAUUUGGGGAGAAUAAAAGGACAGAAGGAGAAAAGAAAGAAACUACAAAGAUAGAAUGGAACAGAAGUCUCCAGUAUCUGUCUACAUUACUGUCAAGGACGUAAAAGAGUGGACUCAAUGAAGCCAAGCAGCUAUAACUAGACAGUUACAAUUUUCUGGUCUAUUAACUUAAAAUACCUCAACACUUCACAGAAGUCGCUUCUGUGACUAUGAAGUAGAUGUGGCUUAAGAGGGAGAAUUUUCUGUUGUGUUUUCUUUUCAUUUCUUCUGUUACUGCCAAACUUCUCAAAGACUGUAAAGCAAAGCACUAUUGAAACCCAUGUUACUCAUUAGGUGUUUAUUACCCACAGUAAUAACAUACAGUACUGAUUUAUAAAUCAAAUUAUUAGAAAGAAUUCAGUGUAAAGUAGAUAAUUGAGAAGUGCUCUUUACAUUUUUUACAUUACCACUUGUUUAUUUUAAAACAGAAGAACUUUUAGUCUUUGAGAUCUGACAAUAUAAGUUCUUUUUCAUUAUAUUUUUACUAAACUAUGAAAGCUACCCAGGUGUUUUGCCAUCACUAACCCAUGCAAUUGUUUUGCCUUGUGUUUUAUGAUAGGGUUGUAAAUGUAUAGAUUGAAUGUCAGACUUUUAUAUUUAAUAUAGAAUUUUUUGCAUCAAAACAGAAACUAUGGUCUUCAGUUUCUGUAUAUAUAGAAAAUUAAAGUACAAGGGGUGGAAUAUUCAAUAAGCAGAGAGAAAAAUUAAGUGACCAUCUUAAACUCUUGUGGGAAGGAUACAUUUUUUGUAAGACUUCAACAUUUCUGAGUUACUGAGGAUAUCUCCUCCAACCAGAUAUAAACAUCCAGGGUAUCUCUGACCAGUCUAUUUUUUCUCUGCUUGAAACAUGAAUAAAAUACGUUGUUUUCCACAUGAUGUAGAGGGUUCUUACUGCCAUUAUUUUCCAGUAAAUCAAUAGCAAUUCCUCCCUUAGAUCUAAACAUCUUUCCCAGUUGAACAUGGGGUAGUGGAAGACUUUGUAAUACUUAUUUAGUAAUACUAUUUCUUCAUUGUUUCAAGUCAGUAUCUUAAAAAUGGAUGCCUUAAUAUGGAUAGUGUGGAUAUGGAAUUUCAGAAACAUUAUACAGUUUAGAAAUACUAAUCUCCUUAAUCUGUGUUUAGGCACCCAUCUGAGCAUGCAAUUUCACAAAAUCAUGUUCACCUAGUUUUUGCUCAUUCUUGGCCUUGUCACGGUCUUGUUCAGCAUUGAUGUGGAUCUUGAUCUUUUUUUUUUGUUUUUUUUCUUUAACACUUUUGGAGUUUAUUAAAGCCAGUUAGAGAAUUUCAGGAUUUGCAGUCUGGAGAGUUCUCUGGCAUUCUUCAUUUGAAGGUAAGCCUAUGUAUUUGCACAUAAAUACAAAGAAAAUUUAAAAAUAAAGUUAACUUGAUUAUAGUCAAUAACUUGCUUCAAAGAGAGAAAAAUACUAGGAGCUACUGUGUGUUUCCUUGCACCACCAAGGAAAAAUAUAACAAAACAGUAUAAAAAUCAGAUAUAGCAAUAAUAUUAGUAAUGAUGCUGAUAGCCACAGGAAGAAGUUAACACAGUUGUGGUUUCUUCAUUUUCUGAUGUUUCCAAAUCAGCAUGGAACUUUUUUCUGAAAGGUCUGUAUAGUCGAAUACAGCUUAUUUGGCUCAGUUCAAAUGUAGCUAAGUGGCAUCCCCUAUUCAUUAAUUUGCCUGUUCCAAUAUGUCCUCUAGACAGAAAAAUACAAUAAUAAAUAUGCAAAAGACUUAAUAAAAUGUUUUUCUUAUCAGUAACAGAAUAUUCUUAUCUAAGGUGGAAGAGCUCUUUGUUGUGAUUUUGAAAUUCAAAUACUGCAGUGUGGUGUAGAACAACAUAAUGCAGGACACCACUGUCAAAUUAUAAAUAUUUACAUUUGAAAUUAUUGAUAAUCAACAUUUGUUGGAUACAUCUUAUGGUAUUAAGGCAGCAAAUUCUUAUGCUCUGAAAUUCAACGCUGUUUUAGAGAUUCCCAAGCUAGGUCUGAGAAAACUGGCAUUUUGGAUUGCACACUGAGAAAUCCCAGAAUCAUAGUUUCUUAGUAGUCAAAGGUUUGAGCAUAUGCAAGAGACUUUACCUUGGGUACAGUUAGCAUGGUGCCAGAUUUAAGUAACUGUCUCUUCUUUUAGUGAAUUAUUAGAUAUGACCUGCUAAUAUCACUACCAAACAUUUCCACUGCUCAAUAAGGUUUAAACCAUAAGAAAAACCAUAAAACUAUUUUAGAGAUCUAAAGCUCAGAAGCUGUGCUCGCAAAAUUGGUAGAACUCUUCAAAAAUACUUGGGUUUGCAAGUUUCUUUUUCAAAAUGUCUGCAACUCGUGUGGUUUUUUAAACAAUUUUCUCAAUUUAAAAAUAUUCCUAACAACAUUACUAAAAUUGAUUUUUUCCACUUGUUGAAAAUGUGGUACACCUAAACAGUACUAUCUUAGCAAGCAAGCUUCAACUGGAUUUAAAUUUUGAUUUGAUACCUCUCAGAAUUCAAGUUUUUAAAUUAGGAUUUGUUAGUAAAAUUUAAGCACUGGGUAUAAGAGAAUAUAUAUCUAUUUUAAGAAGCAAUGAAGUAAAUAUGCUGAACUGAUAAAUAGCUUAGAGACAGAGUGCUCCACUUUCCUGGGAGGACAUUAUCAAGCUUUUCCCUAAUGUGGAACUGCAUUGCAUUUCCUGUGAUUUCCUUCUGCUAGGCGUCAUCUCAGACUAAAUUAAAGGUUGCACAUUUUUUUUCUUCAUUAACUAUUUCUGGUUAAUUUCAUUUAAUAUUUUUUCCCCUCAAUUUCACCUUCAAUAAGCUAAUAUUGAGUUAAUAAGUAGAUUUUGUAUACAGACUGAUAGUGCUUACAUAUGCAUGCAGUUUUAUUUACGUAUGUAUUCCUCUGGCCCACAUAGUAAAAAAUAUCCAUAGAGAACACUAUGGGGUGAUGGGACUGGAUAAAAUCUUUUCAAAUCCUGUUAGGAAAACUGUGCUGAACUGUCCCAGUGUGGGACAAUUGAUUUCUUUUCUGUGGUAGGAUCUGCCUGCAAAGGUUUUAGAGUCCAGGGAGUUUUGGAGAAUGGAGAAAGCUGUUGGCAUGGUGUCUUUGCUGCAGCCAUCAGUUUCUAACAGUAAAUAGUUUCCCAGGAGUUACACUGCAGAAUUCCCUGACCAUAGAUUGGUCCACGGACUCCUGGAAGGGACACUGGUACAUAAUGUCAAUGGUGUUUUUUAAAAGGGAAAGAGAUCAUUAUCUAUAUUUCCAGAUUAAGGUAAAAGCUAGAGGACUCUUCCAAAAUAGCAAAAGUUUUGCAGAGUUGUAUGUAUCCACUCAUUAGGUUCUACAGAUUUCAGAAAUGUUGCAUUCAUGUAUAUGAAAAAGAUUCUGUGCCUAUUACUGAUCAUGUGAUUAUUUUAUACGGACAGAAUCACUUACCUUACUCUUUUGUUGUGCUCUGACCAGUAGAAUAUUGACUACAAAAACUAUUGAAAGCGUGAUCCAUCAUCAGAGUCCUGAUAGACAGCUGUAUUUCAGGUUUCCUAGUGUUGCCCUGACAGGAACAUUCAUAUUUUACUAGAAGUAAGAUGAGUUUAGCUGCCAUGGCAUCUGCCUUUUCAACCUCUCUUAAUCAAAACUAGUGCUUGUAUCAUAGGGCCAAAUGAUGGGGCCAAAUUCUGUUGUCGGUGAUAACUGUAGUCUUCACUGCAAUUAGAACUUAACUGUGGCACAAAAUAAUACUAAGAAUGUUAGGAUGUUUUUGUGAUAGACAUUGAAUCAUAAUGUAUUUGGUAAGCUGACAGGUUGAGAUUUAUGCACUAUAUUGGUACUGACAAAUGGCAUCCUUAUAGAAGUUCAAGUGACUAUAGAACGAGGACCUGUUACAUCUGUUCACUGGUUAAUAAUGUUUCUUCAACUUUUUUUAAUCUUCCACAAGAUGAUUUUCCAAUCUCUGAAUUAUGCAUUUGAGUACUUUAAAUAUUACACUUUCUCGGACUUCUCCCAGAGGGGCCAAGCUUGUAGUUCAGUACUUUUACUGUCUCAUUUGGCAUGCUGUAAAUACAUUGCAUUAUCAUUGAACAAAUGCUCAUCCUGAGCAGCUAUCCACAAACAGUAUGUUACAGAAACUGCAGAAACUGGGUAGCAAUCUAAAAUUAUAGUGCUAUUUCCUACAGCUUCAAGCAUCAUUAGUCAGCAUAUUAACAUAGAUACUCCAUAGCACCUGAUAUUUCUUAGUUGUAAAGUAGUUUGGGGAUGUAUUGCCAAUAGCAGCUAAUCACUAUAAACUGGAUAAAAGCCAUGUUCUUCUUCUUAUAAUUCUUUUUUUUUUUUUUUUUUUGCAACUAUUAGGAUGUUUUCUUGUGAUGUGGGUGGGUAUCUUCUAGAUUUUACAUGGGAGAAUACCAUUUUGUAACUUGUCAGAGCAGAACAAGCUCACAGUUCUAUUCUAGAUUUCUUUCAUAUCUGACAGGAAGAUGAAUAAAUAAAUCUGAUUUCAUUCCACAAAAAAAUAAUACUUUUUUCUCAUUCUAUUAAUAUUUUUAAAUUUUGUGUUACAGUCCAAUGUGUUUUAGAAGGGCUGUAAAGGCUGUAAAGAAUGAAAAUGUUGCAGUGCCAUUGAAACAACAAUAUAAACCUCACUAUAUCUUCAUUGUGGAUUGUCUUUCAAAGUCAGGUGUUGGUUGAGUUUGUUUGGCCUUUGUUUAAUUAAAAGAUUAUAUUAUAUCAGACAAUCAAGACAGCUUUUCUUGGACAAGUUUCUAAGGGGGCUUGAGUGCUACAGUAUUCGAGUGAAAUAAUCUGUGUAUGCUCAUCAGGCAUGUAGCCUGAACAACACACUUUUCAUCUCCAUAAAACUCAGAAAAGGGAGAGACUCGAGAGGGAAAUUUAACAUAUUUUUAGGAGUCAAGUUCAGAAAAGGUAUGUCCAAUUAAAUGUGCUUGUCAUAGUCCAUCGGUUUUGAAACCAGCGAUACCUGUUGCAAAGGAAGACUCAUGCUCUCUCUGGAUAAGGACUUUGCAGAGAGUUGAUAAAAACACUGUUUCUUGUAGGUGCUUUCUGUGCAAAGCUGUCAGUGCCCAGAUGAUGACUGACUGAAUGUUCCCCAGGAAUAACAGACCUAUAAAUUUUAAGAAAUAUAUAUAUAAUAUAAAGACACUAUUUUUGGUGGGGGGUAUAUCAGCCUCAAGGAUAAAAGCUGCCCCUGCCAUUGUACUUAGCUAUUGCUCUCUGUAGUAAAAGCUUUGCCACAUUUGGAAGUUACAGGAAGCAAAAAUGGAGAAAUAAUAUUAUGUGAAAAAUCAAGACCUGACCACUGGAAAGUGUUUUUAGUAGGAUUAUUGCAUGAUUUUCAACCUUCAUUUAGCUAUUUUUUUUUUUCCUUUCCAGUCAUUUUGAGUUAAAUAUUUGCACUGUUGAACAUUAUUAUUGUUGGUACACUUCCUUCUCUUCUCUCCAUAUGAUGAAAAAUCAUCAAAAGAGAGGCCUCUUUGGCUGCUUAACUUCUCUUUGAAGAUGUAGCAAAAUGGUAAAUUCUCUUGCAAUGCUAUUAAUGUUCUAUGUGUACCUAGCAAGUUUCACAGACAUAACAGCAUUUAUGUCUCUGAUGUCUAUAUGGGAUUUGCUUUAAUAAGAUCAUAGCUUUGCUUGAAUGUUUGCAAAUACACUCAGCAAUUAUAUAUUUGCUAUCCUUUGAAUUGAAAUCAACUUUGCAUUUACCAUCCUACACAUGUAAAGCAAAAAUAAUGGAAUAUUAAUACGGUUUAGCUUUUUUUGGUUUUCAGAAUUAAACUCCUUUGAAUAGUUCUUGAUUAAAUAUGUUAUAAAUGUCUUAAAACAAUAAGUUAAAUAGAUUCAGGUGCUUUUCUUCUCCCUUCCACGUUGUAAUUAUGUAUGUGUGUGUGUGUGUGUGUGUGUGUGUGUGUGUUUCUGCUGUGUAUCUAAAAGUAUAAUUUUCUCAAAAACCAAGAUGUGCUAUGACUGACUUUGUAAAAGUUAUUGUAGUGGGAUGAAGUAUUUAUUUUUAAACUCAAUUCUUAAGGAGACAUUGACUAUAAAUAAAAGACUCUAUUUUCCUCCUCA